AUGAUUUCUGUACUCUCCAAAUGGUUCGAAAAAGUCUGUCAGCUUCUACAAAUCCUAUGGCUGUGGUUUUUCGACCGUGCUAUCCUCUAUCCUUUAUUAGUUUAUGUCGCUCCAAGAAUAGGAAUCCAAUUUCUAAACUUGGGAUAUUGGCCUUUAAAACACGAUGCUGAAAUCCAUGAUGACGUUUCGGAUGACAACGACGAAGAGAUGAUAAAUUUUGUUCGAGAUAAUUGUGCACAAGAAGGUAACGAGGACGACUCUGGUACGUUUUUCUAAAAAAUUCCUAAUAUGGCAUACCGCUCACGAGUUUCUUCGAUUCUAAAUUUCUCAGAAAAAUUAAAUUAUAUUUUUUUAUACUAAAUGCAGAAGUUUGAUUAAAAUUCAAGAAUUGCUCCCCAACCUUAUAGCUUUACCACGCUUAUGGCCUUCUAAUACGAAAUUUUAGAAGGCAGAAUAGCUCACAUAUACUUGUACGAGAAAACUCUGUCGAUGCACAACAACUACCCAGACUUCGACGGUCUCGACAUACUAGAAGUCAGUUGCGGACAGGGAAGCGGAAUAAAAUGGAUAUCGAAGUUAGUGAAACUAGAAAUAUGAUAUAUUAAAACAAUAUCUCAGAAAACAUAGGCGAAUCGGGAAAAUAAUCGGUGUUGACAAAGUUCCACUGAACAAGAAAGAGCUUUACCACAAAGGCGAUGCUCAAGAUCUACCUUUCGACGACGAGAGUUUUGAUGUCGGUGAGCAACAAGACUUAGACGAAAUUCCACAACUUGACAGUUAUUAACGUCGAAUCUUCCCAUCUUUACCGCGACUGCAGCGCUUUCUUCGAAGAAUGCUUUCGUGUGCUCCGGCCUGGAGGUCAGCUGUGUUGGACCGAUAUCCGUUACCCCCACCAGGUUCGAGAAUCAUCAAGCGUUUGUUUGGCCGUAAAAAACUUUUUGAUAAAACUAAGCAGCACUUUUAAAAACAAGUUUUCCGAAGAUAAAACAUCCUGUCUUAGAGCUAUCAUCAGCCAAACGCAGCAGUUUGAAGAGAUUUUAGCAGAAAAAAUUUGCCAACCUUAAAUACUUCGACCGAAAAUAAAUAGAAAUAGUGAAGUUUAAAAUAGAGACGAGAAAAUUGCAGAUCCAUCAAGUGCAACGAGAGGCUCACAGGGCCGGUUUUCGUUUGGAUAAAUGGUACGAUAUUACAGCCAACGUCGUCGCCGGAAUACAUAGAACUUCACGGAAAUACGAUCGUAUCUUGCACAAGGUUGAGAAUUAAGAUACUUUUUCCAAAAAUUGUUUUGCUGAAGAGUCCCUUGGUGGUGCGGAUGUUCGCCUCGUCUAUAAGGAGCACUUAUUGCGCUCCUGGAACGAGCACCUACCAGCGACUCGUUCGACGACAACGCAUUUAUAUAGCGGCUAUGUGGUCAAAACCUAUCAACGAGAUUGCCGAAGAGGAAGAAGAGUGA